ACGGUUACAUCAGCUGCGGCACAUUUGGAAGUGCACUGUCAGAUCAGUCAUGAGUAAGCCCGGUAAAGGUGGUCUGAAUUCCCUGCUGAGCUACAGAUUUGUUAAAAAACCAAGACCCAAACUACAACAUGAAGGUUCAACAAGUAGCCAGGACAGUGACGACACAAAGUCUACUUCAGAUGACAAUAGCCAGUCAUCUGAUCAGAGUCUGGGGAACUCCCUUCAAAAUGGCCAGUCAAAAGAUCUGAUGUUGGAAAAAACAAAUUCUGUUACUUCCUCUCAUUCAAAAGACACAAUAGAUUUGGAUGAAACAGAGAAAUACUGGGAUGAGGCUGAUGGGACCGAUACUCUUAUAUCUGUGUCUGUUAUUGAUGAUCGACUUGAUGCAAAUACUCCGGAAAAAUCUGAACCCACCACAGUGCCGGAGACACCUGCCUCACCCCUCUCCCAGGCUAGUUCCCCGGAGUCACCUUUGUUCAGAGCAAAGCCCAAGAAUAUACGCAGCAAAGCCAUGGAGGAUGAGGCCUCAGAGGCUAGUGGCUCUUCAUCGCCUUGGAUGUCCAAAGAUCAAGGAAAACUUACCAACGGGAGUGGACUUGGGGCUAAGAAGGAACGAAAGAAGAGGGCACUGCCUGACUUUAGUGAUGAGGAGUCAGAAGAGGAUGAUAAAGGUCUUUCUGCUGAGGAUACAGAAACAUUGAACAACCUGAAGCAGAUCUUCCCAAGUCAGCCACACCAUGUCAUACAACAAGCAUUCCUUGACGCAGACCGGAUCUAUGAUCUGGCUGUGGAAAACCUUAUCGAUAGAGGCAAGGACAAUACAAAGAAGAAGAAGCGAGUGAUUCGUAUGGAAAGUAGUGACUCUGAGGCUUCGCAAGAACCUCCGGCGAAGCGAUCACGCCGGAUAGUAUCUAGUGAUGACCAGGAGGAGGUGGACAGCCAGGCGACCAUCAUCAACUCACAGAGUCAAGAUGGGGUCGUUGGAUACACCACUCAAGAGGAGAGAAUUAAAUUCCUAUCGGAAUCAUUCCCGACAAGGUCACGGAGGUCUAUACACAGAGCCCUGGAAGAGAAGAAUUGGUUGGUGGAUGAAGCUGCUGAAAUGUUAGACCUUAAGAAAAAAGAAAAUGGAGCAGAUAUAGCUAUAGACAUAUCUGAUGAGGACGAGGACUUCCUCAGUGGUGACGAGGCAGGUGGCGACAGUGAGGACAGUCUAGAUGACGGUGCUGAUGAACACAAAACAGAAAAACAGAUGAUCCUGGCGUUUUUCCAGGAAGCUACACUAGAUGAACUGGCCGGCUCCCGUGGCUGUUCUAAAAGGAAGGCUGAUAUUAUAUCUAAAGAAAGACCAUUUAAAUCCUAUGAAGACUUGCAUCACAAGUGUGCUACUGUGAAAGGCAUAACAACAGAUCUGAUCGGUGGUUGUCGGGAAAUCAUCCGAGUUCGGGAGGUCAUCAUUCGUUUGAUGCAGAAGUGCGAGAAGAUCUCGGCGGAGAUGGAGAGAGUGGUGACAUAUCUUACUCAACAGGACAGCAUCGACGAAUCGGACAACAGGAUACAUAUCACCAAACAGCCCGCGCUGCUGAAUAGCGAAUUCCAACUGAAACCUUUCCAGAUGGUUGGUCUGAAUUGGUUGAGGAUCAUGCACUCCAAACAGAUCAAUGGCAUUCUGGCUGAUGAAAUGGGCCUGGGCAAGACGAUACAGACGAUAGCAUUCAUCGCACACUUACUGGAGGAGGGGGAGGAGGGACCACACGUUAUCAUUGUCCCCUCUUCUACUCUAGAAAACUGGCUGCGUGAGUUCUCCGUGUGGUGCCCAGCCGUCAAGGUGUUGGUAUACUACGGCUCUCAGGAGGACAGGCGAGUCACCAGGAGAAGCAUCCUCUACGAGGACUUUGUGGAUUUCCACGUUAUUCUCACAACCUACAAUAUGGCGACAGGAAGUGUAGAAGACCGGUCAUUGUUCAAGAAGUUUGAGUUCCACUAUUCCAUUUUUGAUGAAGGCCACAUGCUAAAAAACAUGUCAUCACUUCGCUACCAAAACUUGAUGAAGAUUCAGUCUGAGCGCCGCCUACUGUUGACGGGGACCCCUCUACAGAAUAACUUACUGGAACUGAUGUCGCUGCUCUGUUUUGUCAUGCCUGAUAUGUUCAUCGGGAAGACUGACCAUCUGAAGCGCAUGUUCUCCAUGAUCACGAAAUCUGUUGAUGACAAAAGGAGCAAGUAUGAAGCCGAGAGGAUAGCUCAUGCUAAGCAGAUCAUGAAGCCGUUUUUAUUGAGACGACUCAAGUCUGAGGUUCAGAAACAGUUACCCAAGAAAUUAGAAUGCGUUGAGUUUUGUGAAAUGAUUCCAGAGCAGGCAGAAGGCUACCACAACCUCGUCAACAAGUUUCAGCAGGAGCUACGGGAGUCAACUGGUGGACCAGGCGAAUCAAAGGGAGGGGCAGCCAUGUUGAUGCAGUUACGAAAGGCUGCUAACCAUCCACUGUUGCUAAGGAAACACUACACAGACAAACUAUUAAGAGAAAUGUCCAAACAUAUAGCAAGGGAGCCUUCUCACCGUGACAGAAACGCUAAUGCACAGCUCAUCUUCGAGGAUAUGUGUGUGAUGCACGACUUUGAGAUCCACAAACUAUGUAAAUUUUACGAGAAAUACAUCGGAAAGUACAGCUUACCCGUAUCAGCUGUUGAUGAUUCCGCCAAGUUCCGGGUGCUAGAUGAUUUACUGGUGAAGUUGAAAUCUCAGGAUGACCGUGUUCUGAUAUUCAGUCAGUUUACAAUGAUGAUGGACAUCAUGGAGGACUAUCUCAAGCAGAAAAAAUACAAGUACAUGCGACUGGAUGGGUCAACACCUGUGCCUGACAGACUACAGAUGAUUGACAAGUAUACAAACAAUACGGACAUAUUCAUCUUCCUGUUGUCAACGAAGGCUGGAGGUCUGGGGAUCAACCUGACGGCAGCCAAUGUUGUCAUCAUACACGACAUUGACUUCAACCCCUACAAUGACAAACAGGCAGAGGACCGCUGUCACCGUGUGGGACAGAAAAAGGAGGUGUCCAUAGUGAGGCUCAUCGUCAAGGAUACCGUGGAGGAAGGUAUGCUGAGGUGUGCUCAAGAAAAACUUAAGUUGGAGAAGGACAUCACAACAAGUGAAGGGUCGGACAAGGAGAGUGGUGCAGACGUGGCGUCAUUACUGAAGGAAGCUUUGGGUCAGGGCAAGGUUUGAUGACAGCUGGACGUAGGCUUAAGACAAUUGUGCGAUUGCUGGACGUUCAAGUACGGAACCUCUGUUCAAGGAAUUUGUAUGGCUCCAAUGAGAUUGUUUAGUGCUAUUGACAUACGUGUCCUCUUGAUCGCCAGUGGACUUGUGCAACGAGCAACUGUUGUGUAUAUUUGGCCUAGUUUACGUACCUAUUUCAAUAUAUAAAGUGGACAAUGGUUCUUGCCAUUAGGACAAUCAAUCAACAAUUGAAUUGUACAUAAGGUACAUGAAGUUGUGACUCUCUAGAUACUGUUUGUCGGGACUAAUGAUGAACAGCUGAUAGGUACAUAUAAAGAGUGCUAGUUUUGGGAUCGAUAACCAACUUAGUGCGAGGACAGAUCCAUCUAGGGUGCCAUCACUCAGGGAAGAUGAAUUUUCUAAAACUGAGCCUGAGAAAUGAUCUGAAUCUUACGUUUGAGAAGGACAAUGUAAAUUUUCAUCCAGGGCUCAGUAACUGACAUAAGUGUAAUUGAGUACAGUAAUACGUAACAUUGUAACUACAUCAGCAUUUGAAAAGCUCUUGGUUUGUUUAGUGUUCCUAUCCUCAUGGGAUUUAAUCCUUUCACCCCUAUGUAACUUUAGUAAACAUUACCAUGCGUUGAUAUGGAUGAGUCCAUUAUGGUCUACAGGGGUGAAAGGGUUAAUCCUGCCUCUGUGUAAAAACUCAGCUGCAUAAUUCAACGUGAUACAAGAAGUCAAAUAAAAGGAAGUGACAUCAUUUAAAGGUGACACAGGAAAGUAAGGGUAAACUAUCUGCUAAAUGAUCAAUCAUGCCAUUCACUCCCCUUGUUGUAGUAAAUGACCAAUGGUAUUAGAGCAUUAUCUGCUACAAUAGAUUUUCAAUACAUAAAUCAAAUAUUUUAAUUAUUUAUUCUUGUCAGCACUAUAUUUAGUGCUCCAAUAUAAGCGUGAAAAUUGAUGAAAUCCUAUUUGUGCUUCAAACUUAUAGUGCUAUGUAUAAGGAUAGGACGGAGUGCAUUCAGUUUUUGCAAUAAAUGUUUUUCUGUACAUUGAACAGUUUGUUCACGAAAACCUGUUAACUAGAUUUUGGUGCGUUAAGUGUCUUUCCAAUGUUUUUCCUUCUCAAUUCCAUUCUGAAUGAGACUAUUUUCAACUUUAAUGAAAUAAAAAAUUGUUACAAACUACGAUCUUAAAUGAUGUAUUAAUUGAACUUGUAAACACGUUCCUAUAAUUCACUGUCCUGUAAUUUUUGUCAGAAACGUGUUUUUUUUAUAAAGAUUAUUUGUAUUUAUUGCUAAAUUUAAACAUAUUUCUAUUUAUUGAAAAUGAGAAUUAUCUUUUUCCUGGAAAUGAUACAGUGUAUGAAUCAUUGAAAAAAAUAUUUGUUUUAGCAUAUGAAUGGCAGAUAUUCCAACUUUCUUAACCAGGCUCAUUGAAAUAACUGAUUUGUAGAUGGAAUAUCUGUUUCUUGGUCAAUGAUGUGAUGUAAAAUUUGUCUUUUCAACUGUACAUAUAAAACUGCAUAUGUCAGAAACGGGGUAAAGAAUUCUCAAAAAACAAAUGAUAUAUAGGCAAAUCAACCUGUCCCUGCAAUUUUUCAUCAGUAUUAUUUGGAUCGGUGUUUUUUUGGGUUUUUUUUAUUGACACAAAAAGAUAUGAAAUAUGUCUUCAUUACAAUAUAGAGUAUGAAGUGUUUGUCUAUUCAAAGUCUGUGCGACACCUUGGUUAGACUUUGCCAUUAGCUCCAUAACUCUAGAAGUCCAACAGUCAUCAAAGAUGUGCAUCAAAUGUAGGUCACCAUGAUCUUUAUUUUCUGUACAUGUGUCAUUUUUUUUUCUGACUUCAC